AUGAUUGGGCAACGGAUAGCUGCGCGCGCGGCGGCGGCGACAACACAACGGACCACGCCGCCCAUCUGCAGAGUCCUCGCCGCUGAGCGCACAACCUGCCCACGCAGGUACAGCACCGCUUACCCGACCGUCACGGACAGCGGCUUCUGGAAGUCGCUGAUCCCGAAGCCGCUGCGGCGGGAAAACCGGGCGCGGAAGAAGGGCAAGUCGCGGGAGUGGAACCCGGCGACGUACUUCAUCGUCAUGUUCCUGUUUGUCGGGUCCAUGUCGAUCCAGAUGAUUGCGCUGCGCAACCAGACGAGCCGGUACAUGCGGCAGGCGAGCGUGCGGCUGCAGCUUCUGCGCGAGGUGGUGGAGCGCAUCCAGAACGGCGAGGAUGUCGACGUGGAAAAGAUGCUGGGAACGGGCGAGCCGCAAAAGGAAGCGGACUGGGAAGAGGUCCUGCAAGCGAUUGAGAAAGAAGAAGCGAUGAAGAAAUCAACAUCAAAGGACGCUGCGAAACCCAAGAGCGAACCUGCGCCACCGACGACAGAAGCCGCCGCCACGCCACAGAGUUCAGAACAGACAUCAACAAAGAGCACGGGUUUUGGUAGCUUCUUUUAG